AUGGAAAGAGAGGAGGAGGUGCUGAGGACUCUCAGAGAAGCCUUGUGCACCGGCGGGGUCGCUGGCCACGCGUGUCGGCGUUGGAGCGCGGGUGACGCCGUGACGUCCCCACCCCUCCCCUGCCACCGGCGUUUGGAGGUCACGGUGGGAUCCUCGCCUGGAUUCAGUGUUUGGAGGUCACGGUGGGAUCCUCACGUGUUUGGAGGUCACGGUGGGAUCCUCACCUGGAUUCAGCGUUUGGAGGUCACAGCGGGAUCCUCACCUGGAUUCAGUGUUUGGAGGUCACAGUGGGAUCCUCACCUGGAUUCGGCGUUUGGAGGUCACAGUGGGAUCCUCACCUGGAUUCGGCGUUUGGAGGUCACGGCGGGAUCCUCACCUGGAUUCAGCGUUUGGAGGUCACAGUGGGAUCCUCACCUGCAUUCAGUGUUUGGAGGUCACAGCGGGAUCCUCACCUGGAUUCAGUGUUUGGAGGUCACGGCGGGAUCCUCACCUGGAUUCGGUGUUUGGAGGUCACGGCGGGAUCCUCACCUGGAUUCGGUGUUUGGAGGUCACGGCGGGAUCCUCACCUGGAUUCAGCGUUUGGAGGUCACAGUGGGAUCCUCACCUGCAUUCAGUGUUUGGAGGUCACAGCGGGAUCCUCACCUGGAUUCAGUGUUUGGAGGUCACGGCGGGAUCCUCACCUGGAUUCGGUGUUUGGAGGUCACGGCGGGAUCCUCACCUGGAUUUGGUGUUUGGAGGUCACGGCAGGAUCCUCACCUGGAUUCAGCGUUUGGAGGUCACGGUGGGAUCCUCACCUGGAUUCGGCGUUUGGAGGUCACGGUGGGAUCCUCACCUGGAUUCGGCGUUUGGAGGUCACGGCAGGAUCCUCACCUGGAUUCAGUGUUUGGAGGUCACAGCGGGAUCCUCACCUGGAUCCGGCGUUUGGAGGUCACGGCGGGAUCCUCACCUGGAUUCGGCGUUUGGAGGUCACGGGGGGAUCCUCACCUGGAUUCAGUGUUUGGAGGUCACAGUGGGAUCCUCACCUGGAUUCAGCGUUUGGAGGUCACGGUGAGAUCCUCGCCUGGAUUCAGCGUUUGGAGGUCACAGUGGGAUCCUCACCUGGAUUCGGUGUUUGGAGGUCACGGCAGGAUCCUCACCUGGAUUCGGUGUUUGGAGGUCACGGUGGGAUCCUCGCCUGGAUUCGGUGUUUGGAGGUCACAGCGGGAUCCUCACCUGGAUUCGGUGUUUGGAGGUCACGGCGGGAUCCUCAGCUGGAUUCGGUGUUUGGAGGUCACGGCGGGAUCCUCACCUGGAUUCAGUGUUUGGAGGUCACGGCGGGAUCCUCACCUGGAUUCAGCGUUUGGAGGUCACGGUGGGAUCCUCACGUGUUUGGAGGUCACGGUGGGAUCCUCACCUGGAUUCAGUGUUUGGAGGUCACGGCGGGAUCCUCGCCCAGAUUCAGCGUUUGGAGGUCACAGCGGGAUCCUCACCUGGAUUCGGUGUUUGGAGGUCACGGCGGGAUCCUCGCCCAGAUUCGGUGCUUCGGUGCAUCCCCAAGACCAGAUCACACCGUCGCCUCCCCUGAGAGCAUCCCCGAAAAAUCCAGCUCGGCACAGCCACGUUUACACAAAAAUCCUCUGAGGACACAAGGCCUUGGGCGGGUUCAAGGAUCAGAAGGUGGGAAGUGGGGGUUUCUCCCUGUUUUGCGUGGGCUUGAACGGAUCCCUUCCUCCUCCUCCUCCUCCUCCUCCUCCUCCUCAGCUGGGAUGAAG